AUGGAGGGCGCUGGUACUGAAGUUGCUGCUGCUGCUGCAGCAGCUGCAGAAGCGGCGGGAGCGACUGUUGCAGCUGCACAGUCAACGGCAGCAACAGCAACAGUAUCAGCAGCAGCAGAAGCAGCAGAAGACGGAACAGCUGCAGCGCGAGUCAGCGUCUCGUGGUACGAUGAGUCUGGGAUUGAUUCAGGCCCAGGCCCUGACAGCAUCAGCAGCAGCAACUACAGCCCCCGCACAACAAUAUCCAGCAAAGAGGGGCCCCAUACAGAGACUCCUUGCUGCCUGCACCUCCAUCGCCUCGCGCUGCUGCAGCAGCAAGCAGAGAAUAAACCCACAACAAACACUCUGGGGGCCCUGACCUUUCUGUCGUCUGGGGUGCCCGCUGCCCCGUCCGAUGCUGCUACUGCUGCUGGAGAACCUGCAGUAGAAGGGGGAGCAGCAGAAGCAGCGCCAGACGCAGAGGGAGAAGCAGCAGCAGCAGCAGCAGCAGCCCAAAGCUCCUUGUGGAGCCAAAGUGUCACUCCUCUCCGCUCCCUCAUGGAAACGAUGCUCGCAGGGGGGCCACUGGGGGCCCCCCGAACCCAAAGUGCUGCUACACAUACCACAUGCCGCAGCAGGACCUCCAGCAUUAUGAAUGCAAAGGAGGCGUACCAGGGAAAGACCCUUGGGAACAGCAGCUGGAUGGGCCUACUGCUGCCUCCAGAGAGGCUUCUUCCUCUUUAUGCCUUCGACUCAAACGCAAUAAAUUACCAUCUGCUGCCUCUGUCUCUCUUCCACAAGUUCAAGGGGGACCCCCAGGGGCCCCCUGCUGAUGAGAUACCCUUGCCUCAGACCCCCCCACCAGAAAGGGUGCGGGGGCCCCCCUCGGCUCCUCUAGAGGAGAAGAAGCCGGGAAAGAAAGGAGCAAAGAAGAAGAGGAAGAAAAAGAAGGCCAAAGGUGCCAAGGGUGCCCUGAAGGGAGGCCCUCAGAUGGGCUCCUCUCCCAGCAGCCUUCUUCCAACUAUAGAGAACUUCUGGGGGGCCCCCAUUGUGGGGCCCCCCCAGGGAGCUUCGCAGAGGCCCGCCGGGAAGUCGGAGGCCCUCGUUGAGGGGCCCCUUGAGGCGGAAAGCUCAGCAACUUUGAGCUGUCUGGAUGGAGUGCAAUGUUUAGAGGGAGGGGGGGCCCCCUGGCUCACUGACAAGCAGUUGGGGGUCCUAAUUCAGAAGGUAGGGGGGGCCCUCAGGUGCUUGUCUUUAAGGAAUGACCAUCUGGGUGGAGAAGCGGAACGAGCUCUCCAUGUCUGCUCCAACUUGGAAUACCUCGACCUGAGUUCAUGCGAGGCGCUUGUGAGUUUGUCUUUCCUGAAGGCGAUGAAGUGGUUAAGGGGGAUAAACCUCUCAGGGUGCAUCCGCGCUGUCAACGAGCAGAGCAUGAGUUGUUUGUUGCAUCUGAAGCGGCUCGAAGAGUUGCAGAUCGCUCGAUGCCCAGACUUCUCAGAUGCCUGUAGACUGUUCCGGGUGCGACAACGUGGGCAACGGAGUGCUGCUGAGGCUUUGCGAAAGCUGCAAAGGGCUGAGGGGCCUCCGCCUCUCUGGGGCUUCCAGCUUGCGAGAUGA